AUGAGGAACAACACAAAAUUUCUCGGAGUGAUAAUCAAGGACAAAUUCUCGUGGGAUAUGCAUACAGACUCGUUAUCGAAAAAAAUUAAUAAAACCAUAGGUGCAAUUAAUAAAAUUAAAUUCCUACAUUAUCUAUUACCAACAUCUUUUAAUGACUUCUUCGAAUUUGGAAAUGCUGUGCAGUCAAAGUUCACUCGACAUUCUCCUCUGCUCUAUACACCACCUGCAAGAAUAACACUGCUUGGUGGAAGUUUAAAACAUACAGUGGUGGCGAUCUACAGCUACAAGCAGGACAAAGAUGACGAGUUGACCUUCGAUGAAGGUUCAGUCAUCUACGUGGUCAAGAAGAAUGAUGACGGCUGGUGGGAGGGUGUCAUGGAUGGACAAACUGGACUCUUUCCUGGUAACUAUGUCGAACCAUGCAUAUGA